AUAUGUUUACGUGGUUACCUUUAUUUUGAUGACAACACGGCAGAUUGGAUUGGUGCUGGCAAAGACGGGAGUUCGGUUUUGGUAUCUGGCAGACUGCAAUAAUGAAUUAACGUAGAGUUAACUCGAAUAACGACCAGCCCGCGCCGCACAACUGUGCACACAAGACGACCGCUGACUAGCAGGAAGAGUUUUUCGGCUGUGAGGUAAUUCGGGAAUCAAAAAGCUGCCGCCGACGCCGACGCACGCAGAUAAAGAUUCUCGAGCCACCGGUCACAGAACGAAGUGAGAAUCAGCUGGAGCGGCUAUAGCCCCCGAUAAUACCACAUGAUACCGCUGUCGCACAAGGACCGGAGCAGUUUGGGCUACCGGAUCCGGGAAAAGCUCAACAGCUGGAAGCGACUGAUCUUUUCCGACCGCAACUCCAGGAAUCUGUUCCUCUUUCUCCUGCUUAACCUGAGUUUCGCCUUCGUGGAGCUCUUCUACGGCAUUGUGACGAACAGUCUAGGCCUGAUCUCCGACUCGUUCCACAUGUUCUUCGAUUGCACUGGCCUAUUGGCGGGAUUGGCCGCCUCUGUUAUCACCAAGUGGAAGGCUAACGACAAGUAUUCUUAUGGUUAUGUGCGAGCAGAAGUGCUAGCCGGGUUCGUAAACAGUCUGUUCCUGCUGUUCAUCGCCUUCUUCAUCCUGUCUGAGGGCGUGGAGCGACUGAUUGAACCGCCGGAGGUCAAGCACGAGCGGCUGUUUGUGGUCUCCGUUCUGGGACUGCUGGUCAAUCUAGUCGGAAUUUACGCCUUUAAUCACGGCGGACACGGGCACUCGCAUGGAGGCGGUGGACACGGGCACUCUCACGGCGGAGGCCAUGGACAUGGACACUCGCACAGCCAUGACGACUCCAGCAACCACAAUCACCAGGCCAUUACCUUGGACAACGGUCAUGGACACUCGCACGACCACGACAGCCAUGGCCACUCGCAUGGAGACAUGUCGGGCAGUAACUCGCAGAUAAUGCGCGGCGUUUUCCUUCACAUCCUGGCCGAUACACUGGGGUCGGUGGGCGUGAUCAUCUCGGCGGUGCUAAUGCACAUGUUCGGCUGGAUGAUUGCGGAUCCAAUCUGCUCCAUCUUUAUCGCCCUGCUGAUUGCCCUCAGCGUUUUGGGUCUGAUCAAGGAGUCAAUAAUGAUCCUUAUGCAGCGCCAGCCCACGAAUCUGGAUAGAUCCCUGCCGCAGUGCUACCAGAAAGUCACGGGAUUGGCUGGCGUCUAUGCGGUACAGGAGCCGCACUUCUGGACCCUUUGCUCAGAUGUGUACGUUGGAGCCCUCAAGCUCGAGGUGUCGAAGAACGUCGAUCCGAAGUACGUUGUCACGCACACGCGGAUGAUCUUUGAGGCGGUUGGCGUGAAGCAGAUCUACAUACAGCUGGAUUAUGUUUGAUUGAAAUGGGAUCGGCCCACCGGUGUCCUUGUACAAUGAUGUGUAUAUUUAACAACGCGAGUAGUGUGUUUGUGUGCAGUAGUGCGAACGAGCGUCGAUGUUAUCAAACAUUAUUUUAAAAAUUUAGUUUCUUACGGCGCCACAAUACCCCCAUCACUUCCAAAAACAAAACCCUCCAAGAGCUAAGUAAAACAAAAUAUGUACUAGUAAUUUUGCGAAUUUUGUUAACUUAUUAACGUUUGUAUUUGUUGAAAUGCGUUCAGCAUUCAUUCCAUUCUAUACAACUGAAAGCAUAAUUUAAAGUAUGCAAUAGUCGAUAUCGAGGAGCAUUAGUGUAAUUGUAAGCUAAGCUAAUGAAAUUGUGCAAGAGUAAAUAUAUAUAUUUAAAGUUUUUUUAAAUUCUGAAUGAACAAAUCCCGAAACAUGCAUACCUACAAGUAGAAUAUAAUCUGACUGACAUUUCCUCGGACAUUCCGCUGUGCGGUGGAAGUGCACUAAAAAAAUCGUUUUGGCCACAGUUUGACGCAUCAAAAUUAUGAACGAAAUAAAAUUUAAUUUGUUAUUAGCAUUUUUAUACGUAAAGAGAA